GUUUUGAUUCACUCGAUAGAGACUUUAAGCACCAGUUGUCAAUAUGUCGUCAAGUGGAUACUCAUCAGAUGAAGAAGAACCAGAAAUCCCAAAGACCUCAGGGGUUUAUCUAGGAUUUAUUGACGAUGAUUUUGAAAAUGCUGGUGAAGAGCCAACUAUAGAAGACUCAUUCGUUGGAGGUCAACCGGUUUGGUUACACCCAAAUUCCAAACCGUCAGAUGAUAUGCUGUCUUGUAAGAACUGUGCUGGUCCUCUUUCACUGAUUCUACAAGCUUUCUCUCCCCUAGAAGGUGCUUUGUAUGAUAGAGUCAUUUAUGUUUUAGCAUGUAAGAAACCAUCAUGUUCAAGAAAGAAUGGGUCAGUUAGAGUUAUAAGAGGUAUUUCUAAGGAUCCUAAAAAGAUUGCUGAGAUAGAGAAAGAACAACAAACAGAAUUGAAAAAUCAACUGGAUGAGAAAUUGAAGCUAGAUGAAGCAAGGAAUAUUAAUCUUUUUGAGGGAGAUGCUUCUGCAAAUCCGUUUGGUGGCUCAGGCAAUCCAUUUGGAGGAUCAGGAAAUCCGUUUGAUUAUAAUCCAUUUGAAUCACAAAAUAAAGAAGAAAAACCGAAGAAAGUUGAAGAUACUAAACCAAACUUUGCAUCAGUUGCAGCAAAAGCUGCACCUCCAAAACAGACAAAACAAAAAUCUUCAAACAUCAAGAAGUUACCAGAAUGGCCUGGUUAUUUCAUUUUUGUUGAUCAAGAAAAGUUCAAAAAAAAGAACCUGCCAAAAUUACCAGAACAUUUAAAAAUCAGUGAGUCUGCACUAGACACAGAAGCUGAAGUCUCAUCAUCAUCCACUACAAAAGAUUUGAGCCCAGAAGCUCAGCACCUCUCCAACAACUUGCAAGACAGCGUAUUUCAACAUUUCAGUGAUAUUGUAUCAUAUAACCCAUUACAAGUAUUACGUUAUGAGCUUGGUGGGAAACCUCUUUUGUUCUCUUCAAAAGAUGACGUUGCUGCGAAAGUUGCAAAAAACCUUGUUCCAAACCCAGGAUUUAAUCCUUCAAGCUCGAGACACUUUGAAUUACAAAUAAUGCCAAAAGUGAUAAUGGAUUUUGAAAGAGAUGAUAUAGAUAUUGUUAAUGGUAUCAAUUGGGGCACUAUUUUUGUUUACACAGAUGUUGAAGAUUAUAUACCUGAACUUGAUGAGAACUAUGUUGGUUAUGUGGAGGAAUGGGCAGGUGUUCAAUGGGAAGAGGAGGUUCAAAGAAGAUAA